UCUUCUUCUAUAACAAUCUUUGUCUUCAUUCUAUAGCCAUGGCAGAUGAAGUGAUUCUUCUAGAUUAUUGGCCAAGUCCAUUCGGGAUGAGGGUCAGAAUAGCCCUUGCUCAAAAGGGCAUCAAGCAUGAGUACAGAGAUGAAGACUUGAGCAACAAGAGUCCUUUGUUGUUACAGAUGAAUCCUAUUCACAAGCAAAUCCCUGUUCUCAUUCAUAAUGGUAAAUCCAUUUGUGAAUCUCUCAUUGCUGUUCAGUAUAUUGAUCAAGUUUGGAAUGAUAAAUCUCCUUUGUUGCCUUCUGAUCCUUAUCAGAGAUCACAAGCUAAAUUCUGGGCUGAUUUUGUUGACAAGAAGGUCUAUGAAAAUGGAAGGAACCUUCUUUGGACCAAUAAAGGAGAAGUGAUAGAAGCUGCAAAGAAGGAAUUCAUAGAAGCCCUCAAAGUGUUGGAGCAAGAGUUGGGACACAAGAGUUAUUUUGGAGGAGAGAAGCUUGGUUAUGUGGAUGUGGCACUUAUUCCAUUCUACACUUGGUUUAAAGGCUAUGAGACUUUUGGUAAUAUCAAUAUAGAGAAGGAGUGUCCCAAGUUCAUUGGUUGGGCUAAGAGAUGUGUCAAGAAUGAGAGUGUUUAUAAGUCUAUUCCUGAUCAGGAUAAGGUCUAUCAAUUCAUUGUGGAGGUCAGGAAGAAGAUGGGCGUUGAGUAGGUUAUUGUGAUUAUGCAUGCCAUUCUUACCAAGAAUGGAAACAUGCAAGAAAUGAUUUCAGUUGUUUUAACUUUUCUGAUAGAAUAAUUAUGUAAUAAAAAGGCACUAUGAUGUGCGAAGCUUUGUGGUUUUAGUAGGAAAGGUUUGGAAAAAUUGUGAGUUGUGAUUGAUGUUUGAUCUGUUUGUUCUUUGAAUUGAGUGUUUAUGCAUUGUUAUAUGCAUGGUGUAAUGUGAAAGUCUGUAAUGUGAAAGUAUUUAUUGUUUAGUAAUUCUUACUCUUUUUAUUUUA